AUGGAAUGGGGCCACACGUCGCUGACGCUUGCCGUCUCGCUCUCCCUCUUUGGCUCCCUCUGCUACGGCUGCUUCCUAGCUCUGUAUGCCAUCGGACAGAUCGGUGCCGGCGGCAGCUCGACGGCUGCGUCCUGGUAUGGCCCAGUGUCCAUCACGCUGCCCGUUUACAUGGGAAGCAUGCAGCUGUGGACGCUGCUGCUCAUGAGCGCACUGGGCAUGCAGUCGUACACCAAGUCGCAACAGGUUGGCACGCUUGUGCUCGCGACGGCGACCACUCUGCUAGUUGACGCAGGGCCAGCCGCUGGCGGCGCCGUGGUCGCCGAGCAGCUGGCCAGCCCUGCUGCUCUCUUGUGGGUGCUAUUCAUGGGCGUGGCGUGGGCCGCUGCGGUGGCGGGGAUGGCCGUCGACCGCGAGAGAGGGCAGAUCCGCGCACGCCUCGACAAGAUUGGCGGCGGGGCGUACGCGACGAGGGUGCAGCUGGGAGAAGGCACCCUACUGGCAGUCUACGUGGCAGCGCAGGCCACCUCGACCUCGUCGCUGACCACCCUCGGCAAACUCCUCGUCCUGGUCGACGGGGCGAGCUUGGGCCUCGUCCUGGCGCUCCUGGCGCUGACAACAUGCACCAACCUCGCCUCGAGCAUCGUCGCGGCCGUCAAGAUUAACCAGGCCACCUUCAUCCCGAUGGCCUCCUGCGGCUCUCUGGUCCUCAACCAGGCGACCGGGCUCCUCCUCUGGGGCGAUGGGCGCACCGUUCGUUCCUGGCUGAGCUACGCCGGAGUCCACGUCUUGAUUCUGCUCGGCACCUACGAGCUUUCGAGCGCAGACUUGUGUGAGCACAUCCGGCAGAGGCGGUCGCGGGCUGCGGAGACGAGCUUGUCCUAG